CUCCGGAGCGAUCCCGCACGUGCUCCGGGGAAGAGCCUGCCGGCGGGUCCUGGGAGCCCCCUGCCCAGGCUCCAUCCAGGGGCUGCUGCCACGUGGCCCCGGCUCUGCCUGGGCCAAAGCUGGAGCCAGGAACUCCAGACUCCGGCAGAGCAUCCCCGUGACUGCGGAGAGGGACGCGGAGGGGAAUGGCCGCGGCGGAGGGGCCGCAGCAUCCGGUGACCUUCAAGGAGGUGGCUUGGUAUCCCAGCCAACGGGCUUUGUACCGGGAAGCCAUGCAGGAGACCACCGGAGACCACCUCUCUCCAGGAACAGGCUCUCCCAGCCCCCAACUCGAUAGGACCUGCUCUGGGCUGCAGCUAGAGGAGGAGACAGGAGCUCCAGAUCCUCAGGACCUGAGCACAAGACACACCUCCAGCAGCUCAGGUGAUGGGAAGAUGAGCGCGACGUGGGACAGCCCUGCACAGGUGGCCUCGGACGAUGGGGCGUGCAGAAAGGACAUCUGCCAGUACCAUGAGCCAGCAAACAUCUGUCAGAGCUUCCAAGAGAAAGACCGAGAGGAGAUCCAGGCUUGUCCUGGGAGGGAAACUCCAGGGAAGUGCAGGGAAUUGCUGCUCCCGCACAGCCUUCACCCCAGGGAAAGACCCAUCCAUCACCCAGCCAGCGAGAAAAGCUUCCUCGCCCGGAGACGGGGGACUCAACACUCCCACCCCUGCUCCGACGGUGGGAAAAGCUUUGGGGUCUUCUCUAACUUGCUCCGUCACCAGCGGAGUCAUGGCGGGGACAAGCCCUACAAAUGCCCGGACUGCGGGAAGGGUUUCGGGCACAGCUCGGCGUUGGUGACCCACCGGCGCAUCCACACCGGCGAGAAGCCGUACCAGUGCCCCGACUGCGGCAAGAGCUUCAACGUGGUGUCCAACCUGGUGCGUCACCAGCGAAGCCACACCGGCGAGAAGCCCUACAAGUGCCCCGACUGCGGCCGGCGCUGCAGCCAGCGGUCCCACCUGGUGACCCACCGGCGCCUGCACACGGGCGAACGCCCCUACCUGUGCCGGGAGUGCGGGAAGAGCUUCAACGUCAGCUCCGACCUCAUCAAGCACCGGCGCGUCCACACCGGCGAGAAGCCCUACGAGUGCUCGGACUGCGGCAAGCGCUUCAGCGGCAGCUCCAACCUCCUCGCCCACCAGCGGCUGCACAGCGGCGAGCGGCCCUACACCUGCUCCGAGUGCGGCAAGGGCUUCACCAUCAGCUCCAAGCUCAUCGCCCACCAGCGGACGCACAGCGGCGAGCGGCCCUACAGCUGCGCCGACUGCGGCAAGGGCUUCAGCGACCGUCCCCACCUCGUCCGGCACCGCAGCGCCGGGCGGCGCGAGAAGCGCUACAAGUGCUCCGAGUGCGGCAAGGGCUUCACCACCAGCUCCUACCUCCUGACCCACCAGCGCAGCCACACCGGCGAGACCCCCUUUUUGUGCGGGGUGUGCGGCAAGAGUUUCGCGGUGGUCUCCAACCUGGCGCGCCACCGGCGCGUUCACACCGGCGAGAAGCCCUUCCGGUGCGGGGAGUGCGGGCGGCAGUACAGCCAGAGGGCUCAUCUCACCACCCAUCAGCGGGUCCACACCGGCGAGCGGCCCUACGUCUGCGCGGACUGCGGGAAGGGCUUCAACGUCAACUCGUCCCUCACCAAGCACCGCCGGGUGCACACCGGGGAGAAACCCUACCGCUGCCCCGAGUGCGGGAAGAGCUUCAGCCAGAGCUCCAACGUCAUCACGCACCGACGGCUCCAUCACGGCCACGGCGCCAGCCGGCACCCCCUGCGCGUGGACAGCCCCCGGGAGUGAGUGCCCGCGGCACAGCCCCGGCCCUACGGAGCAUCGGGAGCAAGCUGCCUCCCCUGCCACCUCUCGCUGUUUGGCCCCAUCCGGGUCUGCUGGAGAGCUGGGUCCGCUUUAACUACUCCUAAGUAUCUGCAAGGCAGAUGUCUCCAUCCGAGUGAGCUUUCCCAUCACUUCUCCCUGUUGCCCCAGCAUCUGUGGUCCGGAAUGGCCAGCUGCAGAGCUCUAACUCCAAGAUUGAGGUGACACCAUGGAAAGGCCCGUUUUUCUUUGCUGACAGCGGAGAGAGUCAAACGAGAAGGUUCAGACGCAGGGGUUCUGGGCAGCGUGUAUCUCAAGUGCAACGAAACCAAAUCCAGCUUGUGUCCAAGGUCUCCUCCAUCCAGACGGAGGAAUAAACCAGCUCUUUCCAUGACCGGCUCCAGCUCCUACCCUUUGAGGAGGGGUAACAUGCUCCUUCGCUGUGUUGGUGAUGCCUGCAGAUCCUUGUCCAUCCAAGGUGUCUUCUCCAGAGGCUGGAGAGCAAGCCAGGCUCUGGAUACCUUGGCACAGGUGGGAGGGGGAAGGAAAGAACUGUAUAUCAGGGAGAGUGUGCAGACCGAAGGACAGGGCCCAUGCCUAGAGGGAGAUUUCCCCUAAACCAAGCCAGCACUGGUGGAAACCACCAGCUCUUGGCCCGGUUCCUCCUGCCCUGCCAGAAGAGAGGGAAAAUAUCCGUCAUUCCUCCCAGCCAGAUUAGGACAGGGCUCCUCCUGCUGCCACCCUCGCCAACAUGGCAACCAAAGAAAUGACCUUUUCCCCUCUGUGCUCCAAACUCUUCUCCUUCUCCAAGACCAGGUGUCCAAGGGCUGUUUCCUCUCCCACCUGCCAUUCUCCUCCCUCUAGCAAUCUGCUAGUAGUGAUAAGAGUUUCGGGAGUAAAAGGUGGUGUGAUAAAUAGUGGGAGUGAUCAGUGCGUGCAUUUGCACCCAUGAGGAACCCUGCAGCCCCUCUCCACCUCCAGGCUGGGGCAGGAGGAAGCCCCUGGGUCCGAAGCUGCGUGGAGCCCACCAAGGUGGGCACCAUCUCACCAUCCCACGUCCCAUCUCCUGUGGAUCCCACGGGCUUGGGGGAAUUUCUGAGCUAGAGGGAUAAACCCCCCCAGGAUGGUGGUGGUGGUGGGUCAUUCAUCCUUCUGCAGGUGGGCCCAAAGCGUUGGCUUUGUUGGCCAAAUGGGCACCGAAAGGGACAAACCAGGAAUCCCCUGGGGCAACAGGAGCAACUGAAUUAGGAAUGAGGGAAACAUUAUCCCAUCGUCAGAGGUGCGAGAGGUGCUUUGCUCCAAGGCCCUGGGGCGGAGGGGUGUGAUCAUUACGGGACAACAGAAAUAACACAGAAAACCUAAGUUUGGUUGAGAGCGUUUGUAGCUCCUCCUCUGUGAAUAAUAAUAAUAAAAAAAAAAUCUAUGCUAAUAAAAUAAUCGAAGU